UCCACACGUACUUCACUCUCUAUGGGAUUCUAGGAGUGGAUGAAAAGGCUCAGCUGUUGCGGACCUACAUCUGGUUGUCUUUUUGGUGGAUGAAUGAAUUCAUCAGCUGGGAUCCAGUCCAGUGUGGAACCCACAAGAUCUCUCUUCCCAGGGACCAGUUCUGGGUUCCAGAUAUAGUCAUUAAUGAAUUUAUGGAUGAGAACAAAGCUCCGUCCGUCCCGUACGUCUACCUCUACAGUGAUGGGAAGGUGUUGAACUCAGUCCCAGUUAAAGUGGUCAGCUCCUGUAACCUGGACAUCUACACUUUUCCCUUUGACGUUCAGAACUGCACUCUGUCCUUCAACUCCUACAUCCAUAAAGCCAGGGACAUAAAGAUGAAGUUAGGAUGGUCUAUAGAGAAAAUCACAGAGCGAUCCAAGAAAGUCAUGACGACCAUGGGGGAGUGGGAGCUGCUGGACAUCACAUACCAUAAUUACUCCAUGUCUGAUUAUGACGACAGCAAAGCCAUUGAUGAAAUUGCGUUCCAUGGCUGUGUCCUGAGCCCAUUCCUGUACACACUGUACACGUAUGACUGUACCCCCUUGUAUGACUCCAACAUCCUGGUUAAAUUCGCUGACGACACCGUUGUGGUGGGUCUCAUCUCCAGGGACGACGAGACAGCGUACAGGGAGGAGGUCCAGAGACUUGUAGCUUGGAGUUCAGUGAACAACCUGCAUCUGAACACAAGCAAAACUAAGGAGAUGGUGAUGGACUGGAGGAGGAACAGAGCAGACCCCGCCCCACUGCAGAUAGAUGGUGUCUGUGUGGAAAGGGUCUCCUCUUUCCGAUACCUGGGUGUACAUGUAGCAGAUGACCUCAGGUGGCACACGAAUACAGCUGCAGUAGUCGGCAAAGCGCAGCAAAGACUGUACUUUUUAAGACUACUAAAAAAAUGCCACCUGGAUGUGAAUCUGCUACAGACUUUUUACCGCUCCACUGUGGAAAGUGUACUGACAUACUGUGUCACAGUGUGGUAUGCCGGCUGCACGGCCAAGGACAAAAAAGCCUUGCAGGGGGUCAUAAAGGCAGCACAAAACAUCAUCGGCUGCCCCCUGCCCUCCCUGGAGGACAUUGCAAACUCUAGAGGGUUGAAGAGGGCAAGGAACAUCUUGCUAGACACAUCCCACCCUGGCCGGUGCCUCUUCAACCCCCUACCCUCAGGGAGGAGAGGCAGUUCUUGGCUUCUCUCCCGCUCUAAUGAAGCUGAUGGUAUGCUUCCUGGGUUGGGACCUUCGACAGGUGGUGAUAGCACAGCAAGUGGUGUCCGCAAUGGUUUUAAGCUUCUGGUCAUGCCGCCAGCGGUAACAGCCUACUCCCAGAGCUUUUGGGACAGUGUAGUGAAGGGCACAUCUGUUCCCCCAAAGGCUCUAACCUCAGACCUGAAUGACCCUUCAGUCACUUCUGAUUCUGAAGGAGCUGUGGGCGUCCUGGGAUCUACUGGCACUGAGAAAUCUAUGGAAGGAGGACGGAGUAGGUUUCUGAAGAAAGCUCCAACAUCUGCAACGCUCAGCAAAAGCCCAGUUCAGCACAGGCCGGAACCCAGAUAUCUGGCGUCUUCUCACCAUAGUUCCCAGAGUUCUGCCUUAAGUCCGCUUGCACAAACCGAGAACCGCAGCUCUAGAAGUAAGCGAAGCAGGCAUGACCUGGGCGUGUCAGCAGCAGGAGCCCAGUCAGCUGAGGUUGCCACGGUUCUGUCAGCCCGGUUCAGCCCUGACCACAGUCUGGACAAGAGACCAUUCCUCAAGAACACAACAGCUAGAUCUGCUGUGACCGCGGGUCCAAAAAGAAACCAGUCUGGUGCCAUGCCCCCAUCUGAUGACGCUUCAGUGCCUGUGGUUGGAGUGACACCGUCAGCAAGAGGAGUGAGUGGAGUGAGUGUGGACAGUGAUGAGGAGGACAUGAAGAGACUGUUGGAGGAGUCUGAAGGUUCAACACACCACACCAGAAGACCAGGAACAGCUGCUUCUAUGAGAGCCACAGACAAGACGUCAAACAGACAGAGUCAUAAAGUCAUCGGGUCUUCUGUGGCGUCUGCCCGGCGCCCUUCGCCCUCUGACCCGUCCCCUCCUCGCCAUAGGUCUCCUCUUGGAUGGACCGGUGCAGCUCUGAACCCCCCCAGCCCUGCUGUUCUCUCUCCGUCCCCCCGUCGUUCUUCUGCGCCCCCUUCACCUCCAGACAGCCCAGUGUCCACCUACAGGAAGGCCCGCCCCAGUCGUCCACAGCGCUCACCAUCCUCUACCUCCAGCCUGCGGGGGGCGCUGUCUGUGGAGGAACUCUUUCCUGUGGACCGUCAUUCAAACGACUCCGGCAGUGAAAUGAGCUCAGCCUCUUCUGAAGACUUUAAGAUUAAUGUGAUGGGAUUAGACGACCUUGUGCCUGGAUUUACUGAGGAAACAGGAGAAAAGGUGGUUGUACUUGUGGGCGGAGCCUCAAGGAUCCUGGUCCGGAAGACAUUUCUAUCGGUGUUCCACAGUAUGUGCAUGCUUUUAGCACCUCCAACCCAUCUAUGAUCGUUCUUAUUGAAAUGCUGAAACAGCAGCUCGCCAUGACGAGACAGUUCAUGGACCGCAGCCGCCAUCUGCACUGGAGUCUGGUCCAGAGUCUGGAACCACCAAACUACAAAUACACCAGCCUGAAGGACACCAAGAGGUUGAACCGUCCAAUCAGAGAAAACCAGACCCUGGAUCAGCUGAUGCUGACGUCACAGACUCACAGAGCUGCUGCUCAGUCACCUCUAGGUGGACCGGACCACACCCCACUAGUUCCAGAGUCCUGAAGGCAGUGUCAAGGACCUGAACUGUCCCCAAAUGGACCCGUCCCAACUGGAGCCUAUGUCCUGGUGUCCAAAUGUCCCUAAACCCUGGUCUGAGUUGAACCAGCAGUGCACACCCAGCUGUCAGUCAAACACCAGGCUGGAUUCAGGACACACCCACUAGAGCAGGGGUGCCAGUCCUGGUCCUCGAGAUCUACUAUCCUGCAUGUU